AAAUAGCAAGAACAAAUGAAAACGGACGGAAAUUAUCGUGUGUCAUUCGUUAGUUCCUCUUUUUGAGGCUUUAGUUUUCCCUCAUAAUUGCUAUAUUUGUGAAUUUGGUUGUGUAACAUGAUUUCUAGGUGUGUCUUUGGGAUUGAAUAACGUGAUGCUUUGUAGACUAGACUUGUGUAACAGUCAGAAUUAAAUUAAGAAUUCUGCCAAUUCAAAUUGUGAAGUUAAACUGGAAUUCAAAACAAACAGAAUGCAGAACUGCUUACGGCUCCCACCGUCCUCACCUUAACAUGGCUGCAUCUGCCAGUGACAGUGGCAUGCUGGAGGAAGAGUUGACAUGUCCCGUUUGUCUGGAUCUUUACUGCAACCCCCACAUGCUGCCCUGUGGCCAUAACUUCUGCCUGCCGUGCCUGCGCAGGCUCAAGAGCCGCUCUGACCGUGGCUGUUUGCGAUGCCCGGAAUGCCGUCAAAGCCAUCGAAGCUCUGCCAACUGGCAGAAGAACUUCAAGCUGGCCAACAUUGCUGACAGUUUCCGGCAAUGCAGCCAAUCAGAGCGCUCCAACCAGAGCCAGAGCAACUCUUCUCGCAGAAUGGCUGAGGUGCGUUGCGAUUACUGCCAAGUGGAGGCUGGCGAAGAUGGGAAAGUUGUUAUGGCGGUGAAAACCUGCCUGAAGUGUGAGGUGUCGAUGUGUCCAAAGCAUCUUCAACCUCACCUAGAGCUCCCUGCGUUCCGAGAACACCCGCUGGUGGAUCCAUUGGAUGACACAAGGAAGAGGAAGUGUGUGGAACAUGACGAGAUGUUCCGCUACUACUGCUUGGAUGAACGACUGUUUCUCUGUAAUGCCUGCACCAUAGAGGGAACGCAUGACAGACAUUCCAUCAGAACUCUGAAGAACGCCAUGAAAGAUCUUAAGGGAUAUCUCGACAUUCAGCUGCUCAAGGCAAACAGGAAGAUCAGAAGGGUGCAAAAAACCCAUCAGGAACAAAAAGAGAUUGAACGGCAGAACAAGGUGUAUCCGGAUGAUGCAGACCAGCACCUGCACACUUUCCGAGAGACUUCUAUUGCACAUCUGGAUGCGUUUCUCUCAUCGCUGCGCGAGUGUGUCAGCAUGUAUGAUGUGGAGCAGUGUUCUGGACUCCAGCAGAAUCUGAGCCGGAUAGCACAAGAUCAGACUCGUUUGCUGGAGGUCCACACGGGCCUUGAGAGACUUCUAAAGGAGAAUGACCCAUUCCAGUUCAUUAGGGAUUACAAUUCAUCGGUGAAAAGGUACCGGAGACAGCUGAUAAAGCCUCUUUUCUUCCCCGAUGAGCCCACAGUCGACAAUGAGCCCCUGUAUGAAACUAUGGAAGGAAAGAUGGGGGAUUUCCUUGCUGAAAUGCGGCAGCACACCUCCACAAUCAUUAACACAGUCUGUGAAUUUGAUGGUGGAGAUGUUGAGGAGGAGGAGGUGGAUGAUGAUGACGAAGAAGAGGAAGAGGAUGAAGACAUUGACAGCAGCAGUGAUGUAGAAGGUGAGGAGGAGAUGAGGAAUGAGGAAGAAGAGCAGAACCACAGCGAGUCAGCAGAUGAAGAGGACACUCCAGAGGAGGAAGAUGAUGGCUAACACUGUGCUGCUGUCACUCUCUUUAGUUCACAGAACCAAAGACUGACUUCAAACCAGCCACAAUCUCAUGUGUUCUCACCCAAUGCAUUUAAGAUUCACUGGAUUGCCAUUUGAUGUGUGUGUGUGUGUGUGUCUGUCUGUCUGUGUGCGCACAGAGAGAGAGAGAGAGAGAGAGAGAGAGAGAGAGAUUAUACAGAAUGUUCUUAUCAUAAUCUAUUUUUUGUUAUUUAAGCAGAGAAUAAGAACGAAAUGUAUAAUGAAAAAUUGUAUUCCACAAUGUCAAUUGGACAUGAAUUCUAGCAUGAAGUGAACAUCAGUAUAUUUAAAAGAAUGGUGUGUGUGUUGAACUAGAUAUAUAAAAAAAGAAAAAAGAAAAUGAUAUGUUUUUGACUGUAUUAUUUGUUUGAGGGUAAAAUAAAAAAAAUGUAUUCCAGUUGGACAUGUUUAAAAGCUCAGGGUAUGAAUGUUAACAUAUUGGUACUUUGGGAUCGGCUUAAUUUGCACUUUAUUUUGGUGGUUUUCUUUUCUUGCUUUUCUGUCUAGACAUUUAAAAAAAAAAAAAAAAAAAAACUUAUUUUAGUGUCUUUUCAAGAAGAGGUGAUGUGUUGGGAAAUAAUAUGCAAUAAAGUAUAGUUUAUAUAAUAACAGCAUGGGUGCACUUACUUUAAUUGAUCAUUUUUUCUUCUUUUUUUGUAAACAUCCUAGACAAUAUUUGAUCAGUACAGUAGCUUUAAAUCAGUUUCUAUAAGCCUAAAUUAUUCAAAUUAAGUGAAAUAAUCUGAGUUUUAAUUGCCAAUGUGGUUAACAUUCUUGUUUGCAGUGAUAGAAAAUAUGAUUUUUUUUUACUUGUCAGUAAUAAAUAUUUCAAUUUAUGCAAUCCAUUAGACAAUGUUAAGAUUUUAUUGUCUACAACAAACACGUCAGCACUACAUUCCUUUUGCAUAAAUUGAGCCAGGAAUUUAUCGACCAAAUUGGAGAAAAACAGUGUAACAGUCACCCUCUAUGGGUUAGAUUACAUGUGCUAUGUUCCAUACUUAAUGUUUCAAACCAGGUCUCUACUAAAUACUGUAAGGUCAAAAGAUAACCAGACAUUAUGUGUUGGUUAUUUCUGUGGCCAAGUGUGUUAAUCUCAGUUCUUGUUUGGAUUAGCGCCGUGGUUAUGGUUGUGUAUGUGGUUGUGCCACCCUCACACAUUUACACCCCAUACAUGGAAAACUUCCCGGGUCAUAUUUCACCCCAAAAUCAAAAGAUUAAUUGUGAUUUAUGGCACUUUGUAAAUUACAUUCAAUUAAACAAAAAGUGUAUAUUUUAAAACAAUUGAGUAAACA